AUGUUUGAAAGUGAUCCAUGUAAUUUACUUGAUAUUCCAUCUAGUCGACUUACAAUAAAUCAAGGAAAAGAAAGUAAUGAAGAACCAAAACAACAAUCAUCUCAACCUACUGAUGUACUUCCAGAAAAUUUACAUGAUAUAGAAAUAUAUGAAAAAAAAUUAUUAGCUUUUUGUGGUUUAUGGGAAGAUUAUCCUCGUCGUUAUCAUCGUAUGGAAUUUCGUAUUGAAAUGGGUCAAUUAGUUGGUUAUUCUAAUGUUCAUGGUAGUAAAGCAAUAGCAAAUUUUGAUGGGCGUUUAAUCCAUAUGAUAAUUUUACAUGAAACAGAAUUAGGUCGUCCAAUAGAUUAUUAUCGUGGUCGUCUUGGUUGGAAUGAGAAAUAUAUUCGAUGGGAAAAAGAAGAUUCUUCUCGACAAACUGGUUGGCGUUCUACAAGAAGAUGGAUUAGAAUUGAAUAA